AUGCCUGGAGGCUGGGGGUUACCUAGAUUCAUCCUGCCCACGCCACGCACUCCUCUCCUGUCCUGGGGCAUCUCCACUCCUCAUGCUAUGCGUAUAUUCCCUGGCGUCCAGGCGCUGGCAGCCGCUUUGUUUUCCGUCGGGCAGCGUUACUCUCCCGCUCCUGUCAUCACGCAUUCCCUGUCCCAACAUACCACUACACCUGGAUGA